GUAAAUACUCGAGUUUUAGCCACUGCACAGUAUCCAAGUCAGGUGACUGGUUCCUCGCUAGACACCGUUGUGUGGUACCGUUAUACGCUGAGUACCUGCUAUUGCGUCAUUAACUCUUUAGAACCGGUACUCGUACCAUUCCAAAACGUUCUUCUUAUGCGGGACAUGUGAAGUGGUCGAAGAACUUGAGAUUUUAGGGUUGUGAUUUUUAGUGCAAUUGUAAUAAAUACAAAUAAGUCAAAAUGUGGUCAAAACUGGCAAUUCUAGUCAUACUAUCCCUGACACAAGGAUCACUUCAGGAUACGUUAAAUAACGAAAUCGAGGACGAUGCGAAUCCUUUCUCUGAAGCGGCCUCGGCAAUCUUAAAAGAGCAAAACCUGCAAAAUAUUGGUUCCAUGGUUGGCAAUUUCCUCGAAAAUGGUGGCGCACAACAAAUUGGAAACGUUCUGGGAAAUUUGGGCAAAGAUGGAGGUGGUGAUAACAUGAUGGAGAACAUCGGAAGCAUAAUAGGCGGCCUUGGUGGCGACGGAAAUCAAGGGGGAUUAAAUCCGGAGCUCUUGGGGGCCGCUAUCAACAUGUUCGCUGCUGCCAAUAGUGAAGGAAACACGCAGAAGAUUAAAAAGAAAAGUAAUGGGAAUGACAACGGGUUUGAUUUUUCGCAACUGUUGCCCCUGGCAGCUAGUUUUAUGGAGGGGCAAGGAGGAAGCGGCGGAAAUCCUGCAGAAAGCUUAAUGAACAUUCUUCCAACCCUCCUACAAACAUUCAACGCAUUUGCUGGACCAGACGCCCAAAGACGCGAACAAGGACAUUCGGGGCACUCCUCCUUACUCCCCCCGUUCCUGGAGAAACUCCACAUCUACUUCGAUCACUUCAUCCAUUCGGAAAUGGGGAAAACCGUCAUAAGCUUCAUUGGAGCGGAAAAAAUCUUCAAAAUCUUCACCGAUGAAUCGGGAAGAUUCGACUACAACAAGUUUGGAGAGAUGAUGGAGAAUCACUCCUUCAGAAGGCAUUGGAUCAAACAGGCUACCGACAGGGUCAUGACUCUUUUAAAGAUGGCCGCUGAUCCACAGCUUUCUAGACAAUAUCUUGCUGCAGGUCCCUUUUUCGUAAACUCCUAUCUACAUAGCAACGGCUUUCCAAAAAGUGUAAACCUAGACUUAAACAAGCCAACGGAAUCAAUUUCCAACAUCGCCAAUCACAUAGCGAAAAAAUACAUUGGAGUGAAAAUUAGCAGUAAACAGUACGUUAAACCUGUCGUGGUGUACGUUCAGGAUUUAUUCAAGCAAACUCAAACUCCAGGAUUCAUCAAAGAUCACAAAAAGGUUUCCGAUGCAGUGGCUGACACCAUAAACCUGGAGAUUAUCGAACCCAUUGCAAGGGUGAAUAGGGCUUACAGGUUUUCGAAAAAAACGCCCGUCUGUGAUAAGUACGUGUUCUGUCUGGUUAACGAACACAACCCAAACGAAGCUUCAUUACCUGAGCUGAAGAAAAUGCUCUACAAAGGUUCCAGUUUAGUAGCCAGCUGGUUUGUGAGUGGGGAAUCGAAUACCCCUUUUUGGAGUUUGUAUGAGGUGGUGACCGGCAGUAAUAGAUGCAAGGAUUACUACUCCGAAAAAUGUGAGGACUUCCACGUAGAAGAAAUCAAAGUAACAACUGAAUACGUCCACAAUGAAUUAUAG